AUGGCUGUCCCUCUGUUCCCGGUGAUAGCCUUGACCGCGGUGGCACUCCUGUCGUUGUACAAGUACAUUGUCCAUCCGCUAUUUUUCCACCCGCUGCGGCACAUUCCUCCAGCUCACUGGUCAAUUCCCAUAUUUGGCGACCUGUGGAUCACAUACCAGCGAUAUCGAUCGAGGAAUAAUGCCGUCACGUACGCGGCGCAUCUCAAACACGGCAGCGUGGUGCGGAUGGGCGCGAACGAGCUAAGUAUCAACUGCGUGGACAACGGCAUCAAAACCGUCUACGCUGGCGGAUGGGAGAAGCAUGCGUGGUAUCCACAGCGAUUUGGAUCUUAUGGCGUCAUGAACAUGUUCUCCACGAUCCACCACCUCCCACACUCACAGAAGAAACGGACCAUGGCCAACGUCUACAGCAAGACGUACGUCGCCUCGGCCCCCCAGAUCGCCGCCAACUCACGCAUUCUCUUGGGCAAACGACUCCUCCCACUGAUCGAAAGUGUAUCCCACACCGGCGAGGCCGUGAACGCGCACGACCUGAACAACGCGUGCGCCAUGGACUUUAUCUCAGCGUACCUGUUCGGACUGAAGGCGUCGACCAACUUCAUCCAGGACGUGGGGGCUCGCAAGCGGAUUCUAAACGACUACCACUGUCGGCGGGAGUACGAGUUCUUCUCCAUGGAAGUGCCGUGGCUGAAAUCACUAACGCGCAAGCUCGGGUGUCCCGUGGUUCCGCAGUUCGUUGACGACGCCAACGUCAAUCUCGAGAACUGGAACGCCAGCAUGUGCGACGGAGCCGAGAAGUACCUACAACUAGCAACCAGUAGCAACAACGCAGACCGCUCUUCUUCUUAUCCAGGCGACGAACCAAUCGUCUACAAGCAAUUCAGCACAGGCAUCACAAAUCUCCGCAAAAAAGAUCCCCUGGCAGGCAAAGACGCCGAAGACCAAGUGACGAUGCCCUCGACGCGAGGAGAAGAUGCAGAUGCCACUAAUAACACUACCGGUACCACCCAAGCCGAAAUCUACAGCGAAAUGCUCGACCAUCUUGGCGCAGGCCACGAAACUUCCGCCGUCGCCUUGACUUAUCUGUACUGGGAACUGAGCAAGAAGCCUGAUUUGCAGAAACGGCUUCGUGAGGAAUUGCUCACGUUGACUCCGAAGAUUGUCUGGCCACCAUCACCACCACAAUCUGAUUCUGAAGCUGAAUCAUCAUUCGACCUUCCAGAUCCAAAACAGAUCGACGCCCUACCACUCCUACACGCCAUCGUCAUGGAGACACUCCGUCUCCACGCGCCCAUUCCAGGCAUGGAGCCACGCAUCUCCCCUGCUGGAAAUAAUACAUUAGGUUCCUACUCCAAUAUCCCAGGUGGUGUGCGUGUCUCAGCCAUGCCGUACACACUGCACCGGAACCCCGAAGUGUUUCCGGACCCGGAGACGUGGAAACCUGAACGAUGGCUUGCGGCCACGAACACCAACAACACUACUGCAGACGCUGCUGCAGACCAUCUCAAAGAAAUGCAUCGCUGGUUCUGGGCCUUCGGGUCCGGCGGCCGCAUGUGCAUCGGCAGCAACUUGGCAACUCAAGAAAUCAAAUUGCUCACUGCGGCCCUGUACACAAAUUGGACCACGGAGAUUGUCGAUGACAAGGAUAUCCAUGAGAUCGACGCUUACACUAUUAGACCGACGAGUAAUCGGCUCAUGCUGAGGUUUCGACCUGUUUCGGAAGGAGAUACCUCUUGA